AGAUUGUAGAGGAAUCUAAACCGCAGCAAUUCCCCAAUCCCACAACACAACAAAUCACCACCCCCGCUAAAACCCAAACAUACCCGAUAAACCCUAAACCCUGAAACCUUGACGCCUGCUUUCAAUUGCUCAUUGCUGCACAAACGAUCGGGAAAAUGGCUUGGCGCAAUGCCGGAUCUCUGUCUCGCUCGGUCAUGUCUGCCGCAAGGUCCCCGUUGCUCCGUUCUCCACCACCAGUCCCCCGCAUCCGACUAUCUCCUUCCUCCGCCUCCCGCCUGCAUUCCCGUCGCCUCUCCUUCGCGCCUUCCAGGAAUUUCGGAGAACUGGGAUGUGUGUAUUCAUUCUUGCCUCUGCAUAGUGUUGUGUCCACAGUCCGUCUCACAUCCCACCUGACUGUCAACGCUCGUGCUUUUUGCGAGCUGUCUCAUGGUACCUUUCGCCGUUCUUGUCAGGAUCGCUAGUAGUCUCUUUGUGAGUCUUACCAUUUCUAGGAUGCAUGACAAAUUGGAAACUCUUAUGUUUUUGAACAGUUGUUCAUAACUUCAUUUUUAUGCAGUAAUUACUUUUCUUUUUCUGUAAUUAUUUUAUACCUUGCAUAGAAGCUGGCAUAAAUUAGGUAGCUUUCUUAGUUUUUUGAAAAUGGUUGAUAAGAGGAGUUGGGAUUGGGAUUGAUAGGGAGGAGUGGAGAAGAUGGCUGAUGCACGUGGACUUUCAAUCAGCUAAAGGGAAGAGAAUGAUGCUACAUUGUACUUGAUAGGCCAUUGGAUCAACAGAGCUGUGUGCAACAACAUAUUGAGACAGUGGGAGUGUAGGUUUGCCCUGCCGUAGUUAAUGGAUUCUGAGUAGGAAAGUUAAAUGAAACUGUCAUCUUUUGUGCUCCUUCCAACAAGAAAAAACCUAGCAUUUUCUUCUUUGGUGGUACUGUACUCUGUAGGCACUUCAUCUUUUUUUUUUUUUAAUUAACCUCUCAGUAUAUGAUAAUCACAUUGGGUCUUGAUUAAUUCAAAAUUGAGCUGUGUCUGAUUUCAAUAGAGGAAAACUUUUUCAACGUCUGUUUCUCUAUUCACAAGACUUGAAAUCAAGAUUUUACUUAAGA